AUGCCUAUCAAGACAGAGCUUCGGGAAUAUGCCAGAAGAAGAGCAAAGACUGGCCCAUAUGCCGAUAAUCUCGAAGUAGAUGCCCUCGUUGUUGGUGGAGGCUUCGGCGGCAUCUUUUGCUUUUACCUGUUGCGAAAAGCGGGCUUCAACACCGUCAUCUACGAGGCUGGCAACGACUUGGGUGGCACCUGGAGGUGGAAUUGUUACCCUGGCGCGAUGGUCGACUCUGAGAUUCCCGAGUAUCAACUCUCCAUCCCAGAGACCUACAAAGACUGGACGUGGCCCUCCAACUAUCCAACCUACGAAGACCUUAGAGCAUACUUUGAUCAUUGCGACAAGGUAUUGGACAUUAAAAGCCACACAGCGUUCGAGAGUGUUGUCGUUGAGGCGCAGUUCAACACACAAGAGGGCCGAUGGCAUGUGAAGACCGCUGACGGGCGGACUGCGAAGGCCAAAUAUUUCGUCGUCGCAGCUGGAUUUGCCGCUAAACGUUAUGUCCCUGACGAGUUUGCGGGAAUUGAUUCGUUCAAAGGAAUCGUCCAUCAUUCGUCCUUCUGGCCGGACCUCAAUAUCGACGUGAGAGGACAGAAGUGUUGCGUCAUCGGCACCGGUGCUUCUGGGGUCCAAAUCGUACAGGCCUGGGGUCCAAAGGCCGGCCACUUGAAGGUCUUCCAACGAACACCCAACUUGGCCGUUCCAAUGCGAAAGAGACCUCUGACGGCCGAAGAGCAAAAUAGAGCCAAGCCCGACUAUCCAGAGCUCUUCAGUCUCCGUGAGAAAUGCUUUGGUGGAUUUUUGUACACCUUCUCCGAGCGAGGUACCUUCGAAGACACUCCUGAGGAGCGCGAAGCAUUUUAUCAAAAACUCUGGGACGACGGCGGGUUUAGAUUCUGGCUUGGGAAUUACAAGGAUUAUCUUUUUGACUCAGCGGCCAAUCGAGAGGCCUAUGAUUUCUGGGCUAGAAAUGUUCGCUAUCGAAUUGGGGAUGCAAAGACCCGAGAUCUUCUUGCCCCAUUGGAACCACCACAUCCGUUUGGUGUCAAAAGGCCAUGUCUCGAGUACAACUACUACGAGCAAUUCAACCGGCCAAACGUUGAACUCGUCGAUAUUAAGAACAAUCCUAUUGUGGAAUUCACUGAAAAGGGAAUUAAGCUCAAGGAUGGCACGGUUCAUGAGUUCGACGUGAUCUGUAUUGCUACAGGAUUCGAUAUCACCACAGGCGGAAUGACAGCAAUGGGACUUCGCAAUAUUAAUGGCACCUUUCUGCGAGACGAGUGGAAGAAGGCCGCCUACACCUACUUGGGAACGACGAUUAGUGGAUACCCGAAUAUGUUCCAUCUCUAUGGGCCUCAUGGACCAACUCUACUGAGCAAUGGCCCCACGAGUGUGGAGGUCCAGGGUCGCUGGAUUGUCGACGCCAUCAAACAGAUUGAAAGACAAGGCUUGAAGUAUAUCAACCCCACAGCCGAAGCCUCUGAGGCCUGGAAGAAGAAAAUCAACGAGUUAUCCGACAGGAGUUUGUUCCCAACGACCAAGUCAACAUACAUGGGAGGAAGCAUGCCAGGCAAGGCGUUCGAGCAAGUCAAUUACGCAGGUGGGCUUCCUGCUUAUGCCCAGGAAAUCAGAGCGGCGCUUCCUGAAUUUGUCGGCUUUGAAAAGGUCAAGAAUUAG